AUGACCAAGGGUUGCUACACCUGCCGCCGCCGACGCAUCAUUUGCGACAAUGGUCUCCCUACGUGUCGAAAGUGUCGAGAUGCGGGAAAAGAAUGUCUGGGGUAUCAGAAACCCCUUGUCUGGGUCAAGGGGGGCGUUGCUAGCCGUGGAAAGAUGAUGGGCCGUACUUUUGAUGAUAUCGUGUCCACUUCUUCGCGGACAUGUAAGAGUUCAAUCAACGCAGAGCCCGUCGAGCAGAUCGGACCAUUGCAAAUACAAAAUGCACGGGAGACUGGAUCAAGUGCUACGCAUGUGCAGGAGAGCAACGGUCAGGCCUCUGCCCAGGCAGUGGUCACUUAUGCCAACUACACCCCCACGCCCCGCAGCCUAGUAGAUCCGGUGGUCAAAGACCUGAGUCCCAUGACAAGGCGCUAUAUCUCUCACUUCAACCAGCAUCUCAUCACUUAUCUUGCGCUAUAUUCUGACGUAAAUAAUCCUUUCCGUCAACUCGCACCGCUGGUUGGGGAGUCCCCGGUCCUCGCAUACGCACUGGCGGCUACUGGAGCUCUACACUGCGCAGUCCUGGCGAAUUGUGAUUUCUCGCCCACGCCAUGGGCGACAGACGCAUCGGCGCUCACCAAGACCGUAUUAUCGCCGCAAGAUGUUGAAAAGGCCGUGGUUAGCUCCAUGACCCGACGUCCAUCUUCCAAGACCUAUGAGCACUUCCUCGGAUUGAAGCAGCGCACCCUCCAUCAACUGUCGUUGGAUCUCCGUGACCCGGACAAACGAAACGAUUCCCGGAUUUUGGCUUCGAUCAUGAUGCUUGCACUCAUGGAUGCCAUUGAGUCCGGUGAUGGAGCGUGGAAAUAUCAUUUGGAAGGUGCUAAGAAAUUGUUAAUGAGUCGGGGCCUGGAGAAAAAUGCUCCCCUGACACGGAGCGUAACGGACUCCCUCCAUACCUUUGCUAUCGACGGAUUUCUCCUUAUCCAGCUCAUGGGCUCCACACUCGCCCGGCCGGGAUCCCUGACAAGGCCCUUUUACUCUUCAGAUAUGGGCCCGGAAGUUCUAAAACGCUUGGAGCAAACAUCAUGGGUAGGAUGCCCUGCGUACCUACUCGAGGUCAUCUUCAUCCUCCAUGAAGGCUGGUGUGCCCAGCCCGACUCUAAUUCCAGCUCACAUCCCACCAUGAACUUUCACUCAACCUUCCUGCCUGAGGGUUCAAAUCCCUUCCAGUUCCCCUGUGCUAUCCUCCAUCACAUUAAAGCCUUCGACCCCCUUGCCUGGGCCGAAGACAUGCAGAGCUGCCUCUAUCUUCCGGACCUGUCCAUGCGCGUCACACUGGCCAGUGUCUUUCGCGCUGCCGUGUAUCUGUACGCCGGUCGAGUCCUCUCCCAGCCUCGCACGGGCGUCGCUCAGUCCCAUAACUCAGGUCUCCCUUCCGAUCACAGCGACGUGACUAACUCACUGAUCCGCGAGAUUGCCUUUAUCCCCAUCACGGACCCACAUUUCAAAUGCCUCAUUUGGCCGACCUUCAUCGCCGGCGCCGAGUGCAGAGAUCCCUGUCAGCGACCCAUCCUCCUGCAGACCCUGAGCAACUUGUACUACGAUAUCACCAGCAUCAAUGUCCGCAAUGCCGCUUGGGUCCUGAGUUUGAUGUGGCGGAAGCGCGAUGCCAGACGGCAGGGAACCCAGCAGGAAAACUCCGUCGUACCGCUGAUGGUCAUGACUCCGCCCGGGUCGUCUAACUCGCCUUCCGUUUGCGAAAUUGAUGACGAUUUUGAUUGGUUUCAGGAACUGGAUGAUUCCCGCAUUGAUUGGCUAUUCAUAUAG